AUGUAUUAUAGAAGCUCUCUCUCCUCCUCUCUCUCUCUCUCUUUCUUCCCCUAUCCUCCCACUGUUUCUUUUCCUUCACCUUUUCCUUCACCUUUUCCUCCUCGUCCAUUUUAUGCUAUUGCUUUCUCUCCAUCCCUCGCCUACGUCUUUUUCCUCACCUCCUCCUUCUCUUCCUCCUUCCGUCUUAUUCCCUUCCCUCCUCCUCAUCCUUUUUUCACCGCCUUCCCUUUCCAUUUAUUUUGGUCUUCUACUUUCUUCUUUAAUCCUCCCCACUCUUUUCAUUUAACCUCUUCUUCUUCUUCUCCCACUUUAUCCUUUUUCUCUUUCUUUUUUAUCCUUCCAUCGCUUUCUCCUCCUCCUUCCCUUUCCAUUUAUUUUGGUCGUCUACUUUCUUCUUCAGUUCUCCCCCUUUUUUCAUUUGAUCUCUUUUUCAUCUUCCCCCACUUUAGCCUUUUCGUUUUCUCUUUCUUUUUUUUAUCCCUCCAUCGCUAUCUCCUCUUCCUUAUCCUCGUCUUCUCUUUUCUUCUUCUUCUUCUUCUUCUUCUUCUUCUUCUUCUUCUUCUUCCAAACUCCGCAUUAUUUCUUCUCUUUUUUUCUAUCAUUUUUCCUCCUGUUUUUUCUCUUUCUUUCAGAAUAUAUUUUUUAGGAGAAAGAAGAUCCCAAUGUUGA